GCCAAAUGAGCCUUGAGCAUUGAGCCUUGCAGUGGUCUUUGACAGUCAGUGCCCCACCACGGCUCCGGCCUUUGAUCUGCUUUCCGCCCAAAACAUUUGAUUCCAUUCACCACUGUCGGACGUAUUGUCGCCGACAUUGCAGACCUGACUGGCUCAAGCCUCGGCGAAACAUAUUUGUAUUCUUGCUAUCCUUACGGAGUACAUCCUACGGAUACCAUACACUGCAGGCUGGCUCAGUCGUCCGAGCCCCUCCACGGAUCCUACCAAAAAUUAAUUUCAGGACAUAACUCAGCAGAGCAGUGCGACGCGGGGGAAAUUCGGGUGCCUGAUCUGCAAGUAAUCAACCCUCCCCGUCACUUGGCCUUCACUCAAGAUGAAACGCUCACGAGAGGCCGAAGAGGAACAGCCGUCCUCUGGCAUUUCUGCAGACGAGCGUAGCAGCCCCAAGACGUCAACUCCAGAUGACCGCGCUACCAAGAUCACUGGACUAGAGCCUUCCGUCGAGGGAGCAUCUGAGGAUUUUGCCAUGAAAUGUUCCCUUCCGCCUCACAAGGAGGCCCUGACGUUCAAGACAUACGACGACUAUGAGGCACACUACAUAGCGACGCACACCAACAGGUGUCUGGAAUGCGGGAGGAACCUACCGUCAAGCCAUCUGCUUAAUGUGCACCAUGAGGAAUGCCAUGAUUCCUUCGCCGCUGUGAAGCGGGAAAGAGGAGAGCACACAUAUUCCUGCUUCGUAGAGGGCUGUGAGAGAAAAUGCAUGACGCCGCAGAAACGCCGGAUGCACCUCAUUGACAAACACGGGUUUCCCAAGAACUACUUUUUUGCUGUGACUAGGGAGGGUGUCGACGGGCGACGGUCACUGCUCGUAGAAGCAGGUCAUCACCGGCGGAAAUCGUCAAAUGCUUUCAGUGCGACCAAAGAGUCGAAGCGCAGAUCAAGCAUACUGGACACGACCACGUCACAAGGCGGAGAAGAGUCACAAAGGGCAGGAGAUGCUGCGUCCAAGCUAGAGACCAGUUCGGUGCCCGCGCAACCAGCGGUAACAGAACGUCCAGACACGGAAAUGGAGGAUCUCGCAGGCGCAAUGUCGGCGCUGAACUUUGUGCCCAACAGCGUGCGGUUUGGCAGGGGCGGAGGACGAGCGGGCUUUGCAAAACGAUGA